AUGUCAGUUGGAGCGCGUGAUUUAUCAAGUGGUGAAUUGUCGUCCCGUAGCUCCGAUGACGAGGGCGAAUGUCGUUUACCACCAGCAAAAAUACCUCGUAUACUCAUCCGUCAGUAUGUGGACUCAUCUAACUCGCAUAGGCAAGAAUUCUAACGUGGCGCGGAGACGUACUCAUUCGAGGUUUCGGAGGCAGAUGAGGCAGCUGAAGAUGGCGUCAAAUUGGGCAGCCGGAAGCGUCUACUGAAGGAGAGACUUCCUCCACGCUCGUUUGACAGGUCGGUCUCCCGUGAGCACUAUGGCGUGGACUUUGACAGCCCUCCAGCCAAUGUUGUGACCGCCAUCACGAAUUUUCUUGAUGAACAGCGUGAGGAUCUGGUGGAACUCAUCGUGAAAACCCUCGGAGUAAAACGCGCUCUGGAGUUUUGUUACCUAACCGAGGAUAUUGAAAACGCCGGUGGUCUGCCCACGGCCGAUGGAAGCCGUCGAAGAACGCCGGGUGGCGUGUACUUCCUGACAAUCCGACGCUCCGACACGGUCUCCCGCGAAGAGCGAAAGGUCAUUUUUAGGGAGACCUCGACGGAGAAGGCGCUCAAGAAGCGACUUCGGCAAGCCCAACGUCGACGCGGAAGACGAGGUGCAGAGGCCAAAUUGUCCGACCCACCUGCAGCCAACUGCGACAACAGCUGUGAUUUCGAAAACCUGCCUUCGCCCAACGUGUACCUUGACGAGCCGGAUGUGGACUAA